GCCUCAGGUUCUCAAGUUUUUCUAGCUCUAUUCCGUCGACCUCUGCCAGAAUCGCACCUCCACCGAUUCCUGGUUACAUCCCAAGUUCUUGUUACCCCCCAAGUCCUCCAGCUGUCUAUCCACAAAUCUGUCAAGUACCAAUGACUCAAACAAUCAUCGUUCCGUCAUCAAGCUCAAGGUCCGUUUGUUCUCGGUCCGUCAGUCAUUCUCGUCCGUGGCCUCCCCGUGUCGUCAAUUCCCCAAGCCCGACUACUUCCCGAAGCAGGAGUCUUUCUCCGCCACCAUUCCCUAUGCCUUCAGUUGCUAUUCCUUGUCCAUCUUCUGUAAAAUAUGGUUGGUCGGAGUUUCCGCCUUGCCCCUUCAUUCCCCACCCUCGAUUCUAUUUUCAAGAUGGAAAUGUCAAUCUCGAGAUUAACGGGACCCGGUACAAAAUCCACCGUCAUUUCUUGGUGAUGAAUUCUUCUGUGUUCGCACACGAACUACCGUUCAACAUCAUAUUCAAGUCUUUGCCUUGUGAUGUCGACCAACAGGCAUUUGAACUUGUGUUGUCCCUAUUCUACCCAAAGGACUGUUUCAGUGGACACGACAUCCAGUCCGAGUCGGAUUGGCACAGGGUUCUUGUUUUUGCGUGCCGAUACAAGAUGAUACUUAUUCGAGAUAUGGCUAUCACCAAAGUCCCGAGUCUGGAUCCCAUUGUCAAAGCCGAAUUGGCGGCUAAGUACGGAUUGAAGGAUUGGCUUGUGCCAGUGUACACAGAUCUGUGCAUAAAGGAUUUGACGACCCGGAAGGGAUGGUCGGCGGAGGAAGGAAAGAAGAUAGGCCUGGAAGGUAUUUUGGCUCUUAUUGAAGUUAAGCGGGAUAUAGUGGAUCGUUUGGGAGAGUAUCUCGACCGGGAAAAGGUAAUGAAGGCGGUGGAGGAGAAAUUAGAAGAGCUGAAUUUGAUCUGAACGGCCCUUUGUACCAAGUAACUGACACGUAACUGUACGAUAGAUUUACGUUUUCUUCUCGGUCCAGUCAUUGACUGGUGUCUUCAUGCCUUCCAAUUUGUACAUUCGAAAGUUCGUUU